UUCAUUAUCUGACUAUUUUAGUUUUAAAUUAAGCAGAAUUCGCCAAAUCGUUAAAAUCAUUAAAAUCUUUUAAAGAAUUUCGUAAAUUUUCCUUGAUAUAUUUUAAGUGUGAUUAAAUCAGUAAAUACUCGAUUGUUUUCCCUUUGCGAUGGUUUCGCUUCAGGACCUCUCAACCUUGGCCUCGCCAGGAAAUGUUUCUGUUUGUGAAAGAAGCGGCCGGCUUUGCUCAGUGCCACAAGUCGAAGUCAAAGGAAAUUCUUAUGUGUUGGAAUAUUAUCCAGAAAUCAAUAUCAAUUGUGAGAUCUUUAGUGCAUCUGCUGUAAAACCAGUUGAUUCAUACCGAUCUGUGAUGGUGCCAGUGAAUGAAAGAGUAAUUAAAAGAAUCACAAGAACUUUCUUCGAAAGUGGCUUCUUGGAAGCUCUCAAUGAAGCCAAAGAUCCGGCUACAGCUUCUUCAAGUCCAAUUAUAUCAUCAGCUGCCGAAUACACUUGCCGGGCGUUAGACUUCUUUCGGAAAAUCAAACUUAUGAUUUUUCCAUAUCUCAAAGAGCAUGGCAUUUCAAGCAUUGCUAAGUACUCAGAGACGAGAGACUGGAUCAGAAGUUGCAUUCGAUAUAUUGUUUGGCAUCCAAAUUGUUUUAAGAUCGCUGUUGCCGGAUCUGAUGAUGUUAUUCGCAUUUAUACAGACGAACCAGCUGCAGUUCCUGUUCUUAAAAAUCCCCUUCAAAAAGGUAUCACUUCAAUGGCUUGGAGGCCAUACAGUGCUGCUGAAUUGGCCGUUGGUUGUCAAAAAGGGCUCUGUUUAUGGACCAUGGACAGUAAUAUGCAUAUAACUCGAUCUUCAUCACAAGCAGUGUUCCUUAAUCAUCCGAAUCACAGCCCAAUAACUUCGGUUCAAUGGAAUUUAGAUGGUACUCUGCUCGCCACAUCCAGUAUUGGUGAUACUGAUGUUGUCAUCUGGAAUGUCGACAAAUCGAAUAGCACCACACUCAAACGUGUCGGUCCUCCAUGUUCUAUUCUCAAGUGGUCUCCCGACGGUUCGUGUUUGUUCUCGGCAACAGUGGGAAAUGUUUUUCGUGUUUGGUCAGCUGACAAACACUGGGAACCAGAACGUUGGACAAUUUCCAGUGGAAAUAUUCAAUCUGCCUGCUGGUCACCGUGUAGUUCAUUCUUGCUGUUUGUCACUUCUGAAGAACCAACGCUCUAUCGACUGCAAUUCUUCGAGGAGCAGUUAUUUGCAACUUCAAACUUACCCAAGCAAGCUCUACCUAUUGCUGAUUUGACAAAGUUCACAAUUGGCCAUCGUGAAGUUGGUGGUCAACCACAGUCGCUGGCUUGGGAUCCCAAUGGUCAUUUUCUGGCUAUAACAUUCAAGGACAGUCCAUGCAUUGCGAUUUUCUCUACCUGCAUCACCAAACACAAUCUUAGCAUUUCACCGUCCUGCUUCUUAACCGGAAUCGGAACCGAAUAUCCUUCGUUUAUUUGUUUCCAAAGCAAGAACCGCAAGAAUUCGGAUAGUGUUUUGACCAUUGGUUGGUCUAGCGGCCGCAUUCAAUACUUUCCAUUUGUUAAUAUGUAAAAUGCAUCGCAUUUAAAUAAUUUUCAGUUUAUUUCAUUUUAUUUUAUCACUUUGUGUAUACAUAAAUAAUUUUUGUAUUUCUUUUUUUUAUAUAUAUAGGUUUUUGUUCUUAAUUUAAUAAUAUGCAUAAUAUAU